AUGGAUUUGCCGUUCAACACCAUCGAUUCGCCGAAUUAUGAAAUUGUGGUGAUUCUACAACUGAUAAGCGUAUGGAUGGUUGCAUAUGGCUACGGUAUUUUUAGCGGUCUUCUUUUAAUGCUGAUACUCCACAUGGGUUGUCACAUCGAUGUAUUGUGUAAUGCAAUGACAAAAAUUGUAUCUUCAAAUGACGUGAAACAGUUACGAUUCGUUGCUAUGAGACACCAAGAACUCAUCGAGUUUUCGCAACAAAUUGAAGAACUCUUUACGUUCAUGUGUUUUGUCCAAAUGUUUUCGAACGUUAUGGGUUUAUGCUGUGGUGGCUAUCUUGUUAUAUCUACACUGCAAAAUGGAUAUGGGUUUUUCCAACAGAUAAAGUUUAUUGUUAGCUAUAUUACAAUGUGUACGGAAAUAUUCAUAUAUUGUUUCGCCGGUGAAUACCUCAACGUUAAGAACGAGAUGAUCACCGAUGCAGCAUAUCAAAUAUCUUGGUACGAAUUGCAGCCAACUCUGAGACGACAAGUGAUACUUUUACUUUUAAGAUCUCAGAAAGGAUUCCAAUUGACUGUGGGAAAGUUCGUAGAAUUGAAUUUGAUUACUUUCGCCUGGAUUGUGAAAUCGUCGGCAUCUUACAUGACAGUAUUCCUUGCGGUGUCUUGAAUCCAAUGACUUGCAAUUUUUCCAUCUGUAGCGUAUAAUAAUUGAGAAAAUACAAAGGAAUUAGCAAUUUUAAAUGAUACUUUUAGUAUACCA